AUGUCAUCUACGGCAUUUCAAGAUCUCGGAGUCGCAAAAUGGCUCAGCGACUCACUCGAAGCCAUGCAAAUACGCAAACCAACGUCUAUUCAGUCAGCAUGCAUCCCAGAAAUACUCAAGGGACGAGAUUGCAUCGGGGGAGCCAAAACGGGUUCGGGAAAGACGAUAGCGUUUGCCUCUCCCAUGUUGACGCAGUGGUCCGAAGAUCCAUUUGGAAUAUUUGGACUUGUCCUUACGCCAACGCGGGAACUCGCGUUGCAAAUCGCCGAGCAAUUUGUCGCUUUGGGGUCGCAGAUGAACAUCAAAGUGUGCGUCGUUGUCGGCGGCGAAGAUAUAGUCAAACAGGCGUUGGAGUUACAGAAACGGCCGCAUUUCGUGAUUGCCACCCCGGGCAGGUUGGCUGACCAUAUUUUGAAUAGCGGGGAGGAGACAGUUGCCGGGUUGAAGAGAGUACGGUAUUUGGUGCUCGAUGAAGCGGAUCGGUUAUUGAGCAAUAGUUUUGGAAGCGACUUGGAGCGCUGCUUCUCGAUACUACCUGCUAGCGACAAGAGACAAACUUUGCUAUUCACGGCAACCGUGACUGACGCAGUCAAGGCAUUGAGGGAAAAGCCGCGCUCGGGUGAUAAACUGCCUGUUUUCAUGCAUCAAGUUGAAUCGGUGGAUAAAGUCGCUAUACCAAAGACCUUGUCCACGCUCUACGUGUUUGUGCCGUCAUAUGUCAAAGAGGCGUACUUGAACUCGAUUUUGCAGCUUGCAAAAUACAAAGAGUCGACCGCGGUGGUGUUUGUCAACCGGACCAUGACCGCUGAAGUGUUGCGAAGAGCGUUGCGUAAAUUGGAUUUCAAAGUAGCUUCGCUUCAUUCGGAGAUGCCGCAAACUGAACGGACAAACUCGUUGCACCGGUUCAAAGCUGGAGCUGCGAGAAUUCUAAUUGCUACGGAUGUAGCAUCGAGAGGAUUGGAUAUACCCACGGUGGAACUAGUGGUGAAUUUCGAUAUCCCUGCCGAUCCAGACGAUUUCAUCCAUAGAGUCGGUAGAACUGCCAGAGCUGGAAGAAAAGGUGAUGCUGUUAGUAUUAUUGGGGAGAAGGACAUUGACAGAAUACAGAGCAUCGAGGAGAGAAUCAACAAAAAGAUGGAAUUGUUGGAGGAUGUCAACGAUGACAAGGUGAUCAAGGACUCGUUGCAGCUAAUGACGACGGCAAAGAGAGAAGCCAUGAUGGAGAUGGAUAAGGAGGGCUUUGGAGAACGACGGAAGACAAACAAGAGAAAACGCGCAGAAGAUCCUUUGCCUGGUACAGAUCCCAAGGUCAAGCAUAAGAAACCAUCCUCAAAGCUGAAAAAGGAGAAACAAGUGAUUUCUAAAUAA